AUGACGGCUCCUCAAGCCUUGUUCUUUGAUACAUUUGGCACGGUCGUCGAAUGGCGCACCUGCGUCACGAAUGCCCUGACCACCGCCGCUCAACAAGCACUGGACUCUGAUAGGGUUAUCCCUGCUGAUGUGCGGCAUCGUACAUCCACUAUGCGCGAGGCGGAUUGGGUCGGCCUCGCCGAGGAAUGGCGGGCUUCCUACAGCAGAUUCACGAGCACUUUCGACUCGUCCAAGGAGUUCGUGUCGGUAGAUCAGCACCACUAUUCCGCACUGCAAGAUCUAUUCCACCAACGAGGGAUCCUGGACUUGUUCACCGAUAGUGAGCUAUGGUCGUUAACAUUUGCCUGGCACAGGCUGGAUCCCUGGCCGGACAGUGUCCCAGGUCUCGAUCUAUUGAACAAGAGAUUCGUCACAUCCACUCUAUCAAAUGGCAAUGUGACCCUGCUUGAAGAUCUUCAGAGGCAUGGAUCCCUACCCUUUGCCCAUCUCACAAGUGCCGAGAAUUUUGGCGCCUACAAGCCCUCGCCUCUCGUUUACAAAGGAGCUGCCAAGUCACUCGGUCUGGACCCAGCACAAUGCGCCUUGGUAGCAGCACAUCUCCAUGAUCUUCAAGCAGCCAAGAGCUGUGGCUUUCAGACUAUCUAUGUCGAGCGACACUUGGAGGAGGCUUGGUCCGCUGAUCAAGUGGAACAGGCCAAGAAAGAUGGCUUUGUUGAUAUUUGGGUUAAUUUGAACGCGGGUGGUUUUUUAGAGGUGGCUCGACGGCUCGGGGUUGAAUGA